AGUGCAACAUUGUUACGUCUACAACACAAAUUUUGACACCUAAAGAUGUUAGAAAUUUUAUUUAUAGUAGUGAUUGUAGCAAUUUAUUACACGCGUAAACGUAAAUAUAAUAAAAGCCCCUACAAAGCAUUCUACAAUCUUCCCGGGCCAAUACGAUUGCCAAUAAUAGGAACGACCUAUUAUUUCCUCACAAAAAAAGUUUUAAACGUUGCAAUUGCUUAUAUGGAAAAUUACGGUCCAAGUUGUAUAGUGUAUAUUCCUCACAGGACGUACAUGACUUCAGUUCCUGAAGAACUGAAGAUAAUACUUAACCAUCCAAACGCGUUGGACAAAAGUAGAGAGUAUGACAAUUUAAUAAUGUUUAAAAAUACUUUACUAGUGGCGAAAACGAAUGAAUGGAGGAAAAAUAGAAAAUUGAUAAGUAAAGGUUUUAAUCAGGCGGUCCUGGACAUGUUUUUAGACACCUUUUAUAAAAAGAGCAUUUCGCUCAGCAAAAUACUACGUAAUGGAUCUUAUAACGAUUUGUAUUAUCUGUUUGAGAAGUUCACUUUGGACGUAUUUUUCGAGGCAACCAUUGGUAUAGAAUCGACGAUUCUCGAAGAUGAAAAAGAACAUAUGUUUGUUACUGCUGUAACAGACAUUCAAAAUAUAGCGUUUAAUCGAAUAGGUAAUCUUCUAAAAACCAGUAAUUUCUUAUUUUCAUUUUUUCCUGAAGCCAAAAAACUUACGGACAAAAUGAACGACGUAAAUAAUUUUAUUAGACAAGUAAUCAAGACAAAACGGGAACAAGCAAAUAAUGAAAGCUUUCAGGCGUCCGGCAAACUGCCCGUUAUGGAUUUACUUUUACAAAACUCAGAAAAGGAAAAUUUAACAGAUCAUUAUAUACGAAAAGAAAUAACAUUGUUUGCAGGAGCUGCUACUGAUACAACAGCGUACACCAUUGGCUUCACCUUGUGCUUGCUGGCAAUGCAUCCCAAAAUUCAGGAAAAAGUUUACGAUGAAAUAAUCGACGUCGUCGGUAACAAUGGAGCAAUAGAAUGCAACGAUCUUUCUAAACUGGUGUACACUGACAUGGCAAUUAAAGAGUCGCAAAGAAUUUUUCCAUCGGUCCCGUUAAUUGGAAGACAGGCAAAUGAUGAAAUUCGUUUAGGUGACAAGACCAUUCCUCCCAACACGGGCAUCGUUAUUUCCUUCUUUCACUUGCACAGAAACCCCGACAUUUAUCCAAACCCCCUAGAAUACAACCCCGAUCGUUUCUUACCGGAAGAAGUUGCCAAAAGACCUAAUUAUUCGUUCCUGCCGUUUUCCGGUGGCCCUAGAAAUUGCAUUGGUCUAAAAUACGCUUCCAUGCUUUUGAAAACUGUCAUUGCCACUGUUGUAAGAGAUUUCAAACUGGUAACAAAGUAUAAGUCCGUUAACGAAUUGGACUUGGAGUCCCACAUGGUGAUGAGAACCACUCAUCCACUCGACAUAACUUUUAUUCCUAGAGGUAAUUAAACUAUCGCUUUUAUAUAAAUAAACAGUUUAAAGAAUUAUUUAUAAAUUACCCCAGAAUUAAUUAUAUAUUAUUAAUGUCCACGAUAAAUUAUUGAAAUUUCUUUAUUAUAAAAAUCUGUAUGCAAUAAUAAUGGACAUGUAAUGUAAGAACGUGAAAUAAAUUUUUUUCAAUUGUC